AUGGCGCCUCAUCCUUUCAUGACGCUUAGUGCGCAGGAGACUAUCGUAGCCCGCGAUGUCAUUCUUUCCCUUCACAAAGACACCAUUGUCAACUUCCGUGAGAUCUUCCUUCAGGAGCCGGCGAAAGAGCUCAUGAAGCAAUACCUCGAGUUGGAGCAUGCGGCACGACCAGGACAAUCACAAGCCUCCAAGCGACCACCACGAUUAGCAAAGUGCCUGUACGAUGUCAUUGGGUCCAGCAAGACGCCUGUAUACAACGAGUCUGUCAUUGACAUUGAGAAGAAGACAAGAGUCAAGCAUGCCACAUAUGGAACCGAGCACCAAGCUACAUUGGCAUUGUGGGAGUUUGAGGAGCUAGUGGAAGCUUGUGCGAAGAGUGACAUGUUCAAGAAGGCGCAGGCAGAAUUCCAGCUUCCUGAAGGAUUUGAAUGGGUCAUUGAGCCUUGGCCAUAUGGUGGAACUGAACAGGGCACUGAAUGCAUACGAUACUUCCAAGGAUUAUGCUUUGCCCGAGACACAAGGAGCGGCAAUCCCGAUGCCAAUUUCUACGCAUACCCAAUCCCGCUUAUUCCCGUCAUGGACACGCGAACCAAGGAGAUUAUUCGUGUCGAUCGUUGUGCCACGGGUGGAAAGGGUGACAGCCUCACUGGACUGACUUGCUCGCCGCGUAUUCUAGAGCACUGCGAGAAUGCAGACUACGUACCUGAAUUACUCCCGGGCGGACUACGCAAAGAUGUCAAACCUAUCAACAUCACGCAACCAGAUGGCCCAUCUUUCUCAGUCACCGAUGAGUCCCUGGUUGAGUGGCAGAAGUGGAGCUUCAGGGUAUCAUUCAACCCCCGUGAAGGAGCGGUUCUCCAUGAUGUCCGUUAUGACGGAAGAAGCAUCAUGUACCGCAUGGCCAUUAGCGAGAUGGCGGUUCCAUAUGCCGAUGCUCGCCCACAAUACGUGCGCAAACAAGCUUUCGACUUUGGUGACGGAGGUGCUGGAAACUGUGCCAACAACCUCUCCCUGGGUUGCGACUGUCUGGGUGUGAUCAAGUACUUUGACGCAGUCACCAUUGGCCGAGACGGUCUACCAAAGCCACACCCCAACGUCGUCUGCCUACAUGAGCAAGAUAACGGCAUUGGCUGGAAGCACACCAACUGGAGGACCGGCCGCGCCGUUGUUUCAAGAAUGCGAGAGCUCGUAGUUCAGUACAUCAUCACACUAGCCAACUACGAGUACAUUUUCGCCUACAAGCUGGAUACUGCCGGUGGCAUCACACUGGAAGUCCGAGCGACGGGUAUUGUCUCGGUAGUCAACAUUGACCCUGGCAAGACGUCAGAUUACGGAAACGUGGUAUCAAACGGCAUUCUAGCCCAAAACCAUCAGCACAUCUUCGCCGCCCGCUUCGACCCUGCAAUCGACGGCCACAACAACACAGUCCUCUACGAGGAGUCUCAUCCCGCGCCCUGGGACAAGGAGACCAACCCCAACGGCAACUACUACGAGAUCCGCAAGACAGUCGUCAACAAGUCAGUUGGUCUCGAUGCAAACCCAGUUGAUCACCGUAUCUUCAAGAUCAUCAACCCUUCGAAGAGAAAUUCAAAGUCCGGAAACCCUGUUGGCUACAAGUUCUCACCGCUGGCCACACAAAAGAUCCUCGCCGCACCGGGUAGUCUCCAGGAGCAACGCGCACUCUUCGCCAACCAUCAUGUGUGGGUGACAAAGUACCACGACGACGAGCUGUAUGCUGCGGGCCACGCUACCAUGCAGAGUCGCCGCGAGACUGGCGGUGUACACGACAUGGCCGAGCGCCACGAAGACAUCGUCAACGACGAUGUUGUCGUGUGGAAUGUAUUUGGUCUAACACACAACCCCAGAGUCGAGGACUGGCCUGUUAUGCCAUGCGAGAUUUACCAAAUACAUUACAAGCCUUCGGAUUUCUUCGAGCGCAACCCGGCGAUUGAUGUGCCCAGUGCGAAGAACAAUGCUUCGGUGUUGGUGGGCAAGGACUCUGGAUGCUGCUCGGGGUCGAAUAAGCUGUGA